AGCGGCCCAAGGGCCGCCUCUCGACGGCCAUCUUGGAAGUUGAGACCGUGGUGGGGGUGGCGGCGGCGGCGCUGCGGCGGGUGCGGUGGGCUGAUUCCCGGCGCGGUGUGGCUCUUUGACACGAGCCACUUUUCCGCACCCUGCUCCGGCCUCGACCGCGGCGAGCCUGAGCGCGGCGGCGGCCCACCGGCGGAGACAGGGAGAGAUGAGCAACAACAGCAACAAGAGAGCUCCGACAACAGCAACCCAGAGGCUGAAGCAGGACUACCUUCGGAUUAAGAAAGACCCAGUGCCUUACAUCUGUGCUGAACCCCUCCCUUCAAACAUCCUUGAAUGGCACUAUGUGGUCCGAGGCCCUGAGAUGACCCCUUAUGACGGUGGCUAUUACCAUGGAAAGCUGAUUUUUCCCAGAGAAUUUCCUUUUAAGCCUCCUAGUAUUUACAUGAUAACGCCCAAUGGAAGGUUUAAGUGCAACACGAGGCUGUGUCUCUCCAUCACGGACUUCCACCCUGACACGUGGAACCCAGCCUGGUCCGUCUCCACUAUCCUGACCGGAUUGCUGAGCUUCAUGGUGGAAAAGGGCCCCACCCUGGGCAGUAUAGAGACAUCGGACUUUACGAAAAGACAACUGGCAGCACAGAGUUUAGCAUUUAAUUUAAAAGAUAAAGUUUUUUGUGAAUUAUUUCCUGAAGUUGUGGAGGAAAUUAAACAAAAACAGAAAGCACAAGACGAACUUAGUAGCAGGCCGCAGAUUCUCCCCCUGCCAGACGUAGUUCCCGAUGGGGAAGCGCACCAUGGCCAGAACGGGAUCCAGCUUCUCAACGGGCACGCGCCUGGUGCCGGCCCGAACCUGGCUGGGCUUCAGCAGGCCAACCGGCACCAUGGACUCCUGGGUGGUGCCCUGGCGAACUUGUUUGUUAUAGUUGGGUUUGCAGCCUUUGCCUACACGGUCAAGUAUGUGCUGAGAAGCAUAGCACAAGAGUGAACCAUGGCCCAGUCACUAUUGGGACGAAGGUCCCAGAAUUUGACUUGGGCCAGCAGGAUACGCUGCCGAGCCGGGGCAGGCCCACCAGACUCCUGGGUUUCACUUUUUUAAAACCUUAAAAGGAAAGCAAAAACCAAAACGUGUGAUUCGGAGGAAAUUCAAGAUUCUCAGCUUCUUUUCUCACCCAGUGAAGUGUCUACCAGGGGCUGGCAUCGCCGAGGGUGGCUCAUGCUUUGAUUUUGUAGCUUAUCUCCUGUAUUGUCUUUUGAACCUGUUUAGUAAACCUGUUUUUCAUUUUAUUAGAUUUGGUCACUUAAAAAUACAAAAUUCAAUGCCUGUUUAGUACCCUGUGUGCAUUCUUAGUAGAGCUCUUGACUCCCUGCAGGCUGGAGCUGGGUGCUGGGAUGGGGCCAGCACUGUCCAGGUGGCAGGGGCCAUGUGACAGCCAUGGACAGCCAUGGGCAGGAGGUCCAGGAGAGAUGGUUUGGACUCAUCAUAAAAGUGUGCUUGUGGUCGUUUAGAGUGACACAGAUUCUUUCUAGAAGCUGCUCAUUUUUUUCUCUGGCACGAUGCUCCGAUUGCCAUUGCUCUGGCCACAAGGAGUCGUCCUUCACUUAGAGGCGCUGUGGCGUCUCCUAGGCAAGGUAGCCAUUAGGGCUGCCAUGAGUCCCUCAGUCUCUCUAGUCUGCUAUCUUCUGGCCCCUUGGGUGCUGUGGGGCUGCAGGUCCUGGGCCCUACAGAGCCUUUCCUCUGAAUUCUCAUGCCCAGCUAGCCCAAGCCUGUCCUCCUCUUGUACAGGUGGAGGCAGGUGGAGACCCGAGGCCCGUGGGCUGGUGCUGUGUACAUGGAGGCUUCCCUCCUGCUGAUCCCAGUUCUGUGGUGGCCCACACUGCCAGAUCCCAGAAGGGAACCUGCCCUGGAGGCACUCUGGGCUAGUGUCAGCCUGCCUGGUCUCAGCCAGGGGUCUGGGACUCCAUAUGUGCCAUGGCCCUCAUCUCCUUUUUCGGCCUUUGUGUUUAGUGACAGCCACCUGCAGUGCAUGUACAUAGGGAAGAUGCAUCACAGAAAACCCAGCAUUUGUGUGUCGCCAGAUGGGGGCGAUGCUGCUGCAUCCAAGGCUGGACACGGCCCAGGUCACCCCUGGUGCCCACCUCGUUCCAGCACCGAGCAGUGGAGCUGGAGCACAGCCUGUGUACUCAUCUCUGCUUUGUUUUCUGGUCACCAUGUUGUUUACCAUGUGUUAUGUGCUUGCCCCACUUGUGAAAAACCUUUCAUUGUCCCUUCGUUUCUUUGCCCCACGCUGCACUGUUAGUGCAGACUCAAGGCUUGGAGCCGAGCACCUGUGGCAAGGCCUCACCUCCCAGCAGGUCCUGGAUCCUGUGUCUGUGCUGCCUGCCUGGCCUGGGGCUGUGGGCCCCAAGUUGCCUGUGUGUGGCUGAGGCCCACACAGCCUCCUGAGCUGGGUACCAGUUGUUUGAGCGCACGUCUGUGGCCGGAGGUACUAGUUUCCUGAGCUCUUGGGACAGAGUGCUAGCAAACUUAGAGAGCACCUGACACAUUAUUCUCUAUGUGUGAACUCAGCUUUUAACAGCUCCUGGUCAGUGAUGAUGGACCCUGUGGUGGCCACGGUGUGUUGCUUGCACUGAUCCAAAUAAAAGGUGACCUUUGUCCUGUUGGACCAA